AUGCGGACAGUCGUCGUGACUGGCUUGGGCGCUGUGACACCCCUGGCGGCCGGCAUUAAACAUACAUGGAGUCGACUGCUGGACUCAGCGAGCGGUCUGACCUCCACCGCCCCCAGAGGUCCGGAAUUUGAGGCUCUGCCCAGUCGCGUGGCCGGUCUGGUACCGCUGGGAAGUCGUCAAGAUGGGCGAUGGCAGGCCAAAGAUUGGUUGCCAGCCAGCGAGGAACGUCAGAUGGCCCUCUUCGCCCAGUAUGCCAUAGCAUCGGCACACGAAGCUCUAGAGGACGCUGGCUGGCAUCCGACCAAGCAGGCGGAUCUCGAAGCCACAGGAGUAACGAUUGGAUCUGGCAUUGGCAACCUUGACGAGGCCUACAGGACUUCUGUCGCAUUCCAUGAGUCUGGUUAUAAGAAGGUGUCGCCUCUCUUCGUGCCUCGACUGCUGAUCAAUCUCGCGGCCGGCCAUAUUUCCAUUCGGUAUGGCUUCAGAGGUCCCAAUCAUGCCGCAACAACAGCCUGUACUACUGGCAUACAUGCUAUUGGUGACGCCUCCAGGCUCAUAGCGUUCGGAGACGCCGAUGUGAUGGUUGCAGGCGGAGCAGAGUCCUGUAUUCACCCCCUUUCAAUCGCUGGGUUCGCAAGGGCACGUAGCCUGGCAACGGAUUGGAACGACAACCCGACUGCUGCAUCUCGGCCUUUCGCCAGAGACAGAGCUGGCUUUGUGAUAGGAGAAGGUGCCGGGGUGGUCAUUCUUGAAGUAGGCUGCAUUGCCUGAUCAGACGGCAACCCACUGCUAAUGUCAUGCAGGAACUGGAACACGCUAAAGCCCGCGGCGCAAAGAUAUACGCAGAAGUGAGAGGCUACGGUCUAUCCUCAGAUGCUUACCAUAUGACUGCUCCCCAAGAAGACGGAUCAGGGGCGCUUCUGGCAAUGAAACAGGCCCUAAAACAUGCUCAGAUCAAGCCAGCCCAGGUCGACUAUAUCAAUGCACAUGCAACGUCGACAAGAUUGGGAGAUGCUGCUGAGAACAGAGCCAUCAAAUCACUCCUGCUAGGAGCCGAGGGAAAGCGCAAUGCUUCAGAGAUUAAUGUCAGCAGUACCAAGGGCUCUGUCGGACACCUGCUUGGUGCAGCCGGUGCUGUUGAGGCAAUUUUCACCAUUCUUGCGACCCAUCACGUAUGUCUCCACUGCCACUACAGCCUAUUGCUCGAUGCUAAUCGUCACAGAACAUCUUGCCGCCGACCUUGAAUCUCGACAACGUGGGUGAUCCGCAAGAGUUCAAUUGCAAUUAUGUCGCCAAGGUGCCGCAGCAACACAAGGUCAACGCUGCCCUCACAAACAGUUUUGGCUUUGGUGGCACGAACGCAAGUCUUUGCAUCUCGAAAUUCUCCUGA